AUGCAGUUCACCAAGUCUAUCGUGGCUACCGCCCUUGCUCUCUUCGCUUCCAGCGCUGUUGCAACUACAGUCGAUAUCGCCUACACCUCUAAUGGCGUUUACUACAACCAGCAGGUGGAGUCCGAUGUCCGUACUUCUUUGAGUCAGCCCUACUAUGGCCAGGAGGUCUACUAUGCUGCCGCGGGUGCGACGAACAUCAACCCCCCAGUCGACGCUGCAUUCGUCCAGUGCCAAGAUCCCUCCUCUACCUAA